CAACAAAUAAGUUCAACCAACUAAAAACUUCAUCACUUGUUUAUCUUUGACCCAAACGACUUCCUUCUGCCUCUCACUGCAUGGUUCUCCUUGAUUUUCAAGACUCGAAUCACUCAGACGCACUCCACCGCUAUACGUUCACCUAGAGUCAUGUUCACGGCUUGGGCUGUUGGUGCCUAAUGAAUGACGUUGUGCCUGUCCUACUACCUCAGUACAGCCCUGUCCCGGACGCUUCCACCUUGGUUCUCGUGAGACUAUAUUCACAAAAGUAAAAAUGGAGGUGUUACUCGGCAAGGUGACCCAGCAGGCGAUGAACUAUGCCAUCCGCACGGGCAUCACCAUCACUAGCACGUACGCUCUCCGCCAAUGUGGUCGUUUGAUGAAAACAGUCGAAGGCCAAGAGAAGGAGGAGUUGGCUGCAUUACAACGCCGACUGGAAAGCAAGAUCCGCAUUCUGUCCCCAGCCAUUGACAUGAUCGAGCUUAUCGCAGCCCGCGGCAAUACAUCACUGGAGUCAGCCGUGACUCUUACCAAAUCUCUCCGGUACGACAUUCAAGCCCUUGGAGUUCGCCUCUCCAAGGCCGUCGGUGAAGAACAGCUGGCUCGAAGGGGAAGUUCAAGGAGUAAAUCACGUGCACAGAACGACCUCGAGUUGAAGCUCAUCAUCGCCGACAUCAAGAAGUUACUCAAUCGUAUAGAAGACGAAGUAGACUUCAUAAACCUUGCCAUCACCACAUCUGGCGUAAAUCUCUCGACAAACCUCCCAGCUACAGUCUCUCCUUCCCGGUUGCUGCAGGCCAGUACAUUUCUUACCGCGGGAGAUUCGCAAUAUUGUAGUUCCACCCCGCGUGCACAGCAGAUCGGACCUGCAUUCACUCUAUCCAUGUAUAUGCUCUUCUCUGGACACGCAUAUCGUCCGCAGGAUGAAGAAGGCAUUCGCGAGACAACUUGGAAAGAGGUCAUGCACAAGGCCCGAGUCACCCUCCUCAGAGUUCCACUCGACAAUGUUUACGAUUACCCAGCGCCCUUCACCGGGGAUGAUAGGCAUAGUGGUGAGGGGAAUCAUGGCCACAUUCCCUCCGAAAGCAAGCUCCACGAGUUUGCGUAUCAGCUGCUCGUUGUUGAAGACCUUGACGACGAUCGUGUCCAUACUUUCGAGGCUGAUGAGGCCCAGCCUGGCCCGUAUGAAGGAGUUGAUCUAGCCGGAAUCCGUGAAAUUAUUCCCAUCCAUGAAAUAUCCAAGAUUUUCUAUGCUGAUACAGGGAAAAUCCUCAACAUCGGCGCUGAUGGGGAGACCAACAACCCUAUACUCCUGCUGAAGCGCGAUGUUAACGCCAUACCUCCGCGCAGAAUGAUGGAAAGGAACGCAAUAUCGCAAGACUAUGAGUCUGAUAGUACCGAUACCGUAGGCGACUCCGAAUCAGCAGACGAACAAUCAGAAUUGGACGAGCAAUUCCGCCGAGAGUCUUCCGUCCAUUUGCCAGAAGAGGUUCCCGAAGACAAUGAAACACAAACACAUCCGUGGCGAUUACCGCCAAAUCUUGAUCUAGAAUGGAUGGCUUUUGAAGUUUACGUGGAAGAACCACCUUCCGAGUCGGAAUUUGAAGAGUCGGAGCUGGAUCCGUUAUCCCCCUCAGGGCCAUCCACUCCGCAACAAGACAGCCCUGUCUCUCCAAGCUUAACCGAUCGGUUUUCCAACAUAAAUUUGCGCCCUACCACACCCUCUACCCCAACUCCUCCCAACUCACAGCUGGUUCCCUCUCCCCAGAAGAAGCGGAUUCCAGCGUCUCACCAAAGCCCUUAUCAAACAUCUGCUCUCCCAGCCAUCAAGACAUCAUUGUCAUUAUUGGAGAUGCUCAUUCGCCUGACAGCCCUUCAACAAUUUCAACAGUCUUCACAUCUUGCUAUUCCGGACGAACUACUGACCUUCUUCUUGUCAGACAGCAGCACCGUCGGCGCCGGUGGUGACUCGGAGCUUCGCCGACGUGUACGACGUGAAGCGCGGAUGAGGGUAGGCUUUGAUCCAUAUGACGAAAGUCCAAUCAAACGUCGAGGGGAGGAUUAUCUGGAACAUGAAUUCCAUGAUGGAGACCAUGACUACGACGAUCGUUCGCCUGGGGAAGGUAAGGCUUUUGACUACCAAGGAUUUCCACAUGGCUCGACACGCUCCAGAUCCGCGACGCCACUUCGCUCAUCCCCAUAUCGUCAGUCAUCUCCUAUCACGGGGCCUCGGUCCAAAUCUUCUGCUGAUGUUCCUUUGCCAUCUCGGGAGGGACGGGCUUCCCUUGCAAAUGUAUCUUCUGCAAGUCCGCUGUUGAGGAGGGCUACAACCCAGCCUAGCCAUGGAUUAGGACUUCAGCAACCAAAAUUCCGUGGACCUCCUACGGCUCCCCCAACUUCUAGUAGCCCUCGACUUAAUGCACAUCCAAGUGCACAGCAAUUAGGCCGGGGAAGUCAAAUUCCCGAGACUCCUCCGAGCAGCGCUGGUAAACGGCUUUGAGUAUCCAUAGAAAUAGGGAGAACUACACAAAUUUAUAAAUUGACUAUGCAUACACUACCCUGCAAAGACUUUGGGUGGCGAUUAGUUGCUGGCCGAUGAGAGUUCAGCUUUGCUUUAUAGACCAAGAUACCAUCAAUG